AUGUCAACUAUCAUACCAUGGGAAAACGAAGAGGAACGAAACUAUAGUUGUAUGAGAAAAAUUGUAAGUGAUCUUGUGAGUAAAGAAUUGAGGAAAAUAUUUAAGCAAGAGUGGAACAGCCGUUACCUGGCCACCCUUGGUGGAUGGGAUGACACCAAGGCAAGUGGCCAGGAGUUGUUUCGUCUGGAAACAAAACGACCACCAGGACCAAAGAAGAAUGCCUACCUGCCAAAAUUUAAACAUGGGGACACAAAUCAGUGGGAUUGUACUGUGCUUUUUGCUGCAAUUCUUUACUCCAACUCAAUUGGUGGGGCAAGCCUUAAUCCAACCAUACAAACCGAAGUCAACAAUCUAAGAGAAGUACGAAAUGAGAUUAUGCAUAUUACGGAAGGAAAACUCUCCAAUAGCGACUUUCAAACGAUGACUACUCGUGUUGAAAAUGCAUUCAAGACCCUACGACUUUCCGUCAAUGAAAUCAAUAGGAUUAAAACUGAGAACAACCUUUACACAUCGUUUCAAGUUUUACCUGUGAAGCCAUCCCAUGAGGUUGUUGACCGAUCUGAAGAAAUAAAACAAAUAAGACAAGAUCUUGAAAAGUUGUCCAGCGAUAAUGAUGGGAAACUUACAUAUUUCUGUAUUUCUGGAAAUCCCGGCAGCGGAAAAUCUCAACUCGCCAGACAAAUUUGUGAGGAUAUUGACAAAGGAAUAAAUUCGAAAACGGAAACAACAUUUUUCAUGACAUUAGACGGAAAAAACUUAGAUUCCCUUCUCUACUCAUAUGAAGAGUUUUGUCGUCGUCUUAACUGCGAUGAAAGUGUAUUGCAACAUAUUAUGAAUUCAUCGAAGCCAGAUGAGGGAAAAAUCAAAGAUUUAAGAUCACAAAUAACCACUAGAAUUAAGAAUUGGAAGAGGUGGUGGAUAAUUGUUGACAAUGUGGAAAAUCUGGAAGACAUUGCCCCUUUACUGCCACAGAGAGGUGACAAACUUUGGAAUAAUGGUCAAAUUAUAUUAACAGUGCAAAACAAAACUUCUGUACCAUCUGACAGUGUGGAAACUAAACAUAUUUCUAUCAGUCUUGGUAUGAAUGACCAAGAAUGUCGCCAGCUUCUUGCCUUAUUAUCAAGAACUGAUGGCAAUGAUCCGUUGUUAGAUGAAGUAGCACAGAAGUUAGAUCGCCAACCUCUGGCAAUGGCCGCGGCGGCCGUUUACAUGAGAAAAGUCAUCGACUCAAAUUGCCGUCCUGAUUUUUCAUGGAAAGAUUAUUUACAAAAGUUAGAAGAAGGGAAAAGAACACUCACAGAAAAACGUCUUGACCAGACAAAUUCAGCAGCAUAUUCGUUUACCAUGUCAACAGCCGUGUAUUUAGCUGUUGAAAAAUGUGCAAAAAGUGAUUUCAUUUUGAAACACACAUUCAAGUUUUUCUCCCUAAUUUCUUUUGAACCACUGCCACUCGAUCUUAUUGUCCAGUAUAUUCAGCAGCAAGAUAAAGAUCUAGAUGUGGAAGAUAUCUCUCUUGCAAUAAAAGAUUGUUCUUUGUUCCUUCCUGCUGAAAAUAAAGAAAGUGAUAUCCGCCUUCAUGGUGUUGUUCAUGAUGCAAUUAAAUUAUUUUCUCCCUCCUGUGUUGAAAGUCCAGUCAACCACGUUGUAAAAACUCUUUAUUACUUCAAAGAAAGAAAAGAUCAAAUCAAACUGAUUCCACAUUUGAAGGCACUUUAUACAGGAAUUAAAAACAUAUUUCCAGAGCAUGACGCAUUGUAUUCAAUAAGUACAAGCUUUGAAAAAACUGAGAUUUCCGAAAUAUACCUGUUUUUUGGCAGAACGUUACGUUACUACUGUGAUUUUGAUCUCUCAAAGGAAUUUCAGAAUUCAAACCUUCAGAUUUGGAAUUGCUCAAAAAGUGAAAUUCCUCUAUCGGAUAUAUACGCCGAGCUGGGUUUAUUAAACAAGGAGUUAGGUGAACUGGCAAAAUCAAAACAUUCUCAGCUUUUAGCGCUAGAAAUUAGAAAAGAAAAAUUGGGUCAACACCAUAUUACGGUUGCUGAUUCAUACAGGAACCUUGGCCAAGUGUGUUAUGUUUCAGGUGAACUGAAAAAAGCAGAGGAUUAUUAUGAACAGGCAUUGGAAAUUCAAAAAGAGCAGUUGGAUCCGAACCAUCUUGAUAUUGCUGACAGCUACAACAACCUUGGUGAACUGUACCAAGAUACAUAUCACUUGGAGAAAGCCAAGGAUUAUUACGAGCGUGCACUAGAAAUUCAAAUAGAACAAUUAGGUCCAAACCAUGUUGAUGUCAGCAAGACCUACAACAACCUUGGGGAAGUUUACCACCGGGAAGGUGACCUAGAAAAAGCUACCAAUUAUUAUCAACUCUCACUCGAAAUUAAAUAUGAACACUUAGGUUCACACCAUGUUGAGGUUGCAGUUUCUUAUGGCAAACUUGGUAGAGUGUAUCAAAGUAAAGGUGACCUAGAAAAAGCACUAGAUUACUUCGAACGUGCACUCGAAAUUGAAAAAGAAAAAUUAGGUCCAAACCAUUAUAAAGUUGCCAAUUCUUACGGCGACCUCGGUGACGUGUAUCGGCGUCAAGGUGACAUAAAUAAGGCUAUCGAUUAUUGUCAACAAAUGUUGCAAAUUGAAAAACAACAAUUAGGUCCAAACCAUGUUCGCGUCGCCUGGUCUUACGCUAUCCUCGGUCGAACGUGUCAAGAUAAUGGUGAAGUGGGAAAAGCAAAAACUUAUUUUGAACAGCAACAUGAAAUUCUAACAGGGCAAUUUGGUCUAAAUCAUCAAUAUGUUGCUGAUUCUUACUGCAGGCUUAGUGACCUGUAUUAUCAGAACGGUGACCUAGAGAAAGCAAAAGAUUACAAUGAACGAGCACUGGAGAUUCGAAAAGAACAAUUAGGACCAAACCAUGUUCAUGUUGCUGAUUCUUACAACGCCCUUGGUAGAUUGUGUCAAGAUACAAGUGACCUGGAAAAAGCUAAGGAUUACUAUGAACGAGCACUGGAAAUUAUAAAAGAACAAUUAGGUGCAAACCAUGCUCAUGUUGCUGACUGUUACAACUGUCUUGGUAACGUGUAUUAUCAGAAAUGUGACCUGGAAAAAGCUAAGGAUUACUAUGAACAGGCACUGGGAAUUCUAAAAGAACGAUUAGGUCCAAACCAUGUUAAAGUUGCCAAUUCUUACGGCGAACUUGGCAGAUUGUGCCGAGAUACAGGUGAUCUGAAAAAAGCUAAGGAUUACUAUGAACAAGCACUGGGAAUUCUAAAAGAACGAUUAGGUUCAAACCAUGGUGAUGUUGCUGUCUGCUACAUCGACCUUGGUAGAUUGUGCCAAUAUGCAGGUGACCUGGAAAAAGCUAAGGAUUACUAUGAACGGGCACUGGAGAUUCGAAAAGAACAAUUAGGUUCAAACCAUGGUGAUGUUGCUGUCUGCUACAUCGACCUUGGUAGAUUGUGCCAAUAUGCAGGUGACCUGGAAAAAGCUAAGGAUUACUAUGAACGGGCACUGGAGAUUCGAAAAGAACAAUUAGGUCCAAACCAUGUUUGUGUUGCUGGCACUUACACCUGGCUUGGUAGAUUGUGCCAAGAUGCAGGUGACCUGGAAAAAGCUAAGGAUUACUAUGAACGGGCACUGGGAAUUGUAAAAGAACGAUUAGGUUCAAACCAUGGUGAUGUUGCUGUCUGUUACAUCGACCUUGGUAGAUUGUGCCAAUAUGCAGGUGACCUGGAAAAAGCUAAGGAUUACUAUGAACGGGCACUGGAGAUUCGAAAAGAACAAUUAGGUCCAAACCAUGUUUGUGUUGCUGGCACUUACACCUGGCUUGGUAGAUUGUGCCAAGAUGCAGGUGACCUGGAAAAAGCUAAGGAUUACUAUGAACGGGCACUGGGAAUUGUAAAAGAACGAUUAGGUUCAAACCAUGGUGAUGUUGCUGUCUGUUACAUCGACCUUGGUAGAUUGUGCCAAUAUGCAGGUGACCUGGAAAAAGCUAAGGAUUACUAUGAACGGGCACUGGAGAUUCGAAAAGAACAAUUAGGUCCAAACCAUGUUUGUGUUGCUGGCACUUACACCUGGCUUGGUAGAUUGUGCCAAGAUGCAGGUGACCUGGAAAAAGCUAAGGAUUACUAUGAACGGGCACUGGGAAUUGUAAAAGAACGAUUAGGUUCAAACCAUGGUGAUGUUGCUGUCUGUUACAUCGACCUUGGUAGAUUGUGCGAAGAUGCAGGUGACCUGGAAAAAGCUAAGGAUUACUAUGAACGAGCACUGGAAAUUAAAAAAGAACAAUUAGGUGCAAACCAUGCUCAUGUUGCUGACUGUUACAGCUGUCUUGGUAGAUUGUGCCGAGAUACAGGUGACCUGGAAAAAGCUAAGGAUUACUAUGAACGGGCACUGGGAAUUCUAAAAGAAGGAUUAGGUUCAAACCAUGUUAAAGUUGCCAAUUCUUACGGCGAACUUGGCAGAUUGUGCCGAGAUACAGGUGACCUGAAAAAAGCUAAGGAUUACUAUGAACAAGCACUGGGAAUUCUAAAAGAACGAUUAGGUCCAAACCAUGUUUAUGUUGCUGGCACUUACACCUGGCUUGGUAGAUUGUGCCAAGAUGCAGGUGACCUGGAAAAAGCUAAGGAUUACUAUGAACGAGCACUUGAAAUUAAAAAUGAACGAUUAGGGUCAAACCAUGUUGAAGUUGCUGACUGUUACAUCGACCUUGGUAGAUUGUGCCAAGAUGCAGGUGACCUGGAAAAAGCUAAGGAUUACUAUGAACAAGCACUGGGAAUUCUAAAAGAACGAUUAGGUUCAAAACAUGUUAAAGUUGCUGGCUGUUACAUCGACCUUGGUAGAUUGUGCCAAGAUGCAGGUGACCUGGAAAGAGCCAAUGAUUACUAUUGUAUUUUUUGUCUUUCGCCGAAAGUAUAUCAACGAGCACUGGAAAUUAAAAAACAACAAUUGGGUCCAAACCAUCUUGAUGUUGCUGACUCAAACAACUACCUUGGUAGAUUGUACCAAGAUGGAGGUGACCUGGAAAAAGCGAAGUAUUAUUUUGAACGGGCACUGGAAAUUCGAAAAAACAAUUAGGUCCAAACCAUGUUGAUGUUGCUGAAAUACAACAAGCUUGCUAAAGUGUAUUGUAAUACAGGUGACCUGGAGAAAGCUAGAGAUUAGUAUGAGCGGGCAAUUGAGAUUCGUAAAGAACAACCAGGUCCAAACCAUGUUGAUGUUACUGACUCAUACAACAAGCUUGCUACAGUAUAUCACAAUACAGGUGACUUGGAAAAAGCUAAGGACUAUUGUGAGCGGGCGCUGGAAAUUCAAAAAGAACAAAUAGGUGCUAACCAUGUUGAUGUUGCCAACUCAAACGACAAACUUGGUACAUUGUGCAAAGAUGCAGGUGACCUGGAAAAAGCUAAGGAUUAUUGUGAGCGGGAACUGGAAAUUCGAAAUGAACGAUUAGAUCCAACCGUGACGAUGUUGUGCACUGUAACGACAGCCUUGGUAAAAUGUGCGACGGUGCAGGUGAUCUGGAAAAAGGAAAGUAUUAUUAUGAACGAAAUAGACUAG